AUGAAUAAUAUAGCGGUACCAAAUGAUUUACAAACGGAAGAUGCUUCCGUAGAUGAGACUAGUUUGUUAGUAAUAAUUGUUGACAGUAACCCAGGUCAGAAGAUGUUAAGGGAAAGUCCUCAUGUCUUAACUCAUUGUGUAGACUCAGUUAUAGCUUUUGCCAAUUCACAUUUAAUGCAAAAAUCUCAAAAUAAAUUAGCUAUUAUGGCGUGUCAUUCAAAAACUAGUCAGUUUAUAUAUCCUGGUCAGGGCAAAAACGCUGAUAUACGACAAGUUGAUGGACAGUAUGAAGUAUUUACAGCAGUCGAAAAAAUCACUAAACGAAAUUUGGCUAAGGUGUUAACUACAGAAAACUCAUCUGUUAUUACAGAAUCUCUUUUAGCGGGGGCCAUUGCAAUGGCAUUAUGUUAUAUUGCAAGACUGCAAAGAACAAAACCUCCUGGUGCUAAGGAGUCAUGGACAAUAAUAUCCCAUUAA